AUGACGGCCCUCGAAUCUUUUCGUCAAUCAUUUGAAAGGUAUUGUAAAGAGUUCAAUGUCCAGCCAUCCGAGUCACUUUUGAAUAAAAUUCAUAAGUUUUGUGGCAGAUAUACUUUGGAUUUGUCUUCGAGUUAUUUACAGAGCAAAGUUAUAGAUGCUCUCUCGAAAGCUUUAAAAUAUGAUGCUCUUUUUACAGAAAUCAAAUUGAACAACUGCCAAUUGAAUGAAGAAGGUUCGUAUAUAUAUGCUAUGCUGCAAUUGAAUGUUAUUUUUGUGUUUAUUUUGCAGAACAAUUCAAUGAGAGGCAUAUCUGUUUCAUACAUUGCAGAGUUGUUAAGGGCCAAUACUUUCAUAUAUAGUUUACAUUUGGAUUCAAAUAACAUUGGUCUGUUGGAGAGCAACUUCAAUGACUUGUGCCAAAGUUUAAAAGUGAACAGGUCACUCCAAAUCUUGGGUCUUUCUAACAACCAACUCAAUUCUAAUUGUUCCAAAUAUUUAUCUGACGUUUUCAAAUAUAACAAUGCCCUACAAAGUCUUGAUCUCAGGUGGAAUAAAUUAGGAUUGAUUGGUGGCCGACAGCUCUCAUCGAUGCUUGACAACAAUCAGGUGCUUCAAAAUCUCAGGCUAGAUGGAAAUGAUAUCACAAUCGAUACCUUGCAAACUAUUGGUCUAUAUAAUUACAGAAUUUACAUAUUUUAG